UAGUAGCCAAAUAAAAAACCAACAUUGAGAGUGGGAUGAAGAAUUGGUCUACUAUGUGGUUGUUAAAGCAUAGUAGAUAGUAGCUAAGAUAGAAAAAGAGAAAACAUUGAAAACCAAAAAAGACAAAUAAAAAAAAGAGAAUUGGGACAACAAGUGAUAGGUGUUUUUUCAAGAGAGAAAAAGAUAGAUAGACACACACACACACACAGACACUGUAGGAGAAGAAAGUAGUGAAAGAGAGAGAAAGAGAAAGAGAAAGAAAGAGAUGGUGGGCUCAGGAGCAGCAUCAGAUAGGAGCAAAGAAGCUGUUGGGAUGAUGGCCCUUCAUGAGGCCCUCAGAACCGUCUGUCUUAACUCAGACUGGACUUACUCUGUCUUCUGGACUAUUCGUCCUCGCCCAAGAGUUAGAGGUGGUAAUGGCUGCAAAGUUGGAGAUGAUAAUGGAAGCUUGAUGUUGAUGUGGGAGGAUGGAUUUUGCAGAGGAAGAGGUUCUUCAGGUUGUCUUGAAGAUAUUGAUGGAGAAGAUCCUGUCAGAAAAUCCUUCAGCAAAAUGUCCAUUCAGUUGUAUAAUUAUGGAGAAGGGUUGAUGGGAAAAGUUGCAUCUGAUAAGUGUCACAAGUGGGUCUUUAAAGAGCCAACAGAAUGUGAACCCAAUAUCUCUAACUAUUGGCAGAGUUCCUUUGAUGCUCUUCCUCCUGAAUGGACUGACCAGUUUGAGUCAGGGAUUCAGACCAUAGCUGUAAUUCAAGCUGGACAUGGUCUUCUUCAACUUGGUUCUUGUAAGAUUAUUCCAGAAGACCUUCAUUUUGUCCUAAGAAUGAGACACACAUUUGAAUCAUUAGGCUACCAAUCUGGUUUCUACCUCUCCCAACUCUUCUCAUCAACAAGGAACACUUCUUCAUCAACUUCACUUCCUUCAAAACAAUCAACCCUUCCAAUUAGGCCACCUCCACCACUCUUCAACUGGAAUCAAAGAUCACUCACUUCACCUUCUUCCAUGCUAUCCUCACCCAAUUUUCAACAACAUGCAGCUAGGCUUGGUUUUCCACAAACCAAAGAUGAAACACACAUGUUCCUCAUGCCUCAUGCAUCACAAGAAACUCCAAGAAUUGAAGAUAUGAUGGGAGGAGGAGGAGGAGGAGGAGGAGGAGAGCAUGAAAAUGACAUUAAAUGGCCAAAUGGGCUGUCUUUCUUUAAUGCUCUAACUGGAAGAGCUGAUGAUGCUAAGCUUUUGUUUAAUCCAGAGAGUUUAGGUGGAAAACAAGGUGAUCAUAAUCAUAAUCAUAACCAUAAUCACCCUCUUAAUCAAAAUCCUAAUUCAGAUGGUUCAAACAUGCAAAAUGCAAGUGGAAAUAACCCAAAUGAGUUUUUGAGCUUGGAUAGUCACCAUGAAGGUGGGAGGAAAAUGGACAAGUUUAAGAGGAGUUUUACUUUACCUACAAGAGUUGCUUCAUCAUCUUCAUCCACUUCAAUGGAUCAACAAGGUGUGGAGUAUAGGAAUUCAGAAGGAGGUAUGUAUUCAGAUGUUAUGGAGACCUUUUUGGAGUGAAUGUUGGGAAGAAUUUAAAGGGUGAGUUUUAUUAGGGAGAAAAAAAAAGAGGAAGAUUAGGAUAUGUAUCUAGGAAAAACUAGUUUGUGUUCCUUUUUUCUUGUGUUUGCUUUUUAUUGUAUUUGUAGUGUCUUGUGUUUCUUUUGUCUUCCACUUAAUGAACUUGAUUAAUGAUAAUUUGUUUCUUUCUUUCAAUUAACAUCAAA